AUGCAGACUGGCGAGACCUAUGAUGUGGAGAAAACCACGGACUGCUUCGGUGAAUCUUCAAGCCUGGUUCUGUCCGAAGAUCAGGCUCUCGCGAAAGCUAGAAGCAGUCCGAAUGAUGCACUCCCAAUCAUCAUUACCUACGGAUUCGACGAUGGCGACAAUCCGCGAAACUGGCCGAAGUGGAAAAAGUGGUAUAUCACCAUUCUCGUGAGCUUGCUCAAUGUAUUCACCACUUGGUGCGCCGGGGGUGUCUCGUCUGGGGCAACAGGAAUCCAGAAAGAGUUUGGAGUUUCUGGUGAAAUCACCACCCUGUGCUUAUCGCUUUAUGUGCUGGGUUACGCCAUCGGCCCAGUCCUCCUUGCUCCGCUGUCGGAAUACUAUGGCCGUCAGCCGGUCUACGUGGUGUCGUGGUUCAUUUUGUUCAUUUUCCAACUCCCUCUUGCGCUUGCACCCAACAUCGGAACCAUAUUGGUCUGCAGGUUUAUCGCGGGAUGUGCUGGAGGUGCUCCGUUGACAAAUACCGGAGGUAGCAUUAGUGAUCUAUGGGAAAGAAAUGAGAGUGGAGGCCCCAUGGCUGUUUAUGGUCUGAGUAGUACCUUUGGACCUCCCAUGGCUCUAGUCAUCACAGGUUAUAUUGGUCUGAACUGUGGGUGGCGAAUGAUCUUCUGGGUUCUCAUGGCCAUCUCUGGCGGCGUUUGGAUCAUUCUAGUCACCACAAUUCCUGAAACUCGUCAUACGACUGUUUUGCAGAAGAAAGCUAAACGCGCACGCAAAUUGAUGGCAAAAGAGAAUUUGCGAUCAGCGGAAUCGACCGUCGACUUCCAUGCCAGUGAUCGAAAAGGCUUGCAUGAUUUAUUCGCUAUUACCCUGACCCGCCCUUUCCGAUUCUUGUUCUCGGAACCCAUCACACUUUUUUCAGCGAUAUACAAUGGAUUCAUUUACGGUCUUGUGUAUCUGUUCAAUGAAGCAAUUCCUUUGGUCUUUGGCGCACCGAAAGGGCAUCCUUGGAACGUUGGUCAGCAGGGCCUUGCAUUCCUCGGCAUGGCGAUCGGGCCCAUCGUUGCCGUCUGUCUGUAUCCCCUUCAAGAACGAUAUUACCUCCGGCGCGUUGCUGAGAAUGGUGGCAAGGGAGUUCCCGAGGCACGUAUGUGGAUGGCACGAGGCGGUGCACUCCUCCUUCCUAUCAGCCUUUUCUGGUUUGGAUGGACCAGUUACCGAUCUGUUCACUGGAUAGUUCCGAUUAUAGCAUCAUCCUUCUUCGGUGCCGGUAUUUAUAUUGUGAUUCUGAGUAUUCUCAAUUACGUCGUCGACAGUUAUCAAACAUACUCAGCGUCAGCGCUUGCCGGUGUCAUUUUGGUUCGCAAUGUGGUCGGCGCAGGCUUCCCUCUCUUUGCUACGCAGAUGUACUCGACACUGGAUUUUGAAUGGGCAUCCAGUCUACUUGGGUUCAUUUCCAUCUUACUGGUACCAAUCCCGUUUAUAUUUUUCUACAAGGGUCAGGCCAUUCGCCUUCGGAGCCCUUGGGCUCGAGAACACUUUGAUCAAAAUGACGACAAUCCCCAUUAA